AUGGCUCCAGUGCCCCAACAUCCGCACGUGUUCCAACGAAGGUGGUCGAACGCCGAUGGAGAAAAGGUCGGGCUGUGGAUAUCUUUCGGAAUCAUCAUCGCCAUCAUCCUCUUUACAGUCCUGUUAGGAUCCCUCAACAUUUACCUAGGUAAACCGAUCUCCAAGAUUCGCGAACUCGAAGACGAGCAGGCGGUACGAGACAACAGAGCCGAAACCCUUGCGCGCGAGCUCGAGGAUGUGCGCAGCCAGCUUGCACGAAAGUCCGAAGUGUGUGAAUCAGCCCUCAGGACCAAGGAGGGUGCCGAACGGAAUUUUGACAUACAGCGACAACUUGUUCUCCAGCAAAACGACAGAAUAGCAAACUUGACCCGUGCGAGAGACGAAAAAGCUGACGAAGUCCGUCAACGAUCAACCGAGCUUGCUGAAUCCCGCCUGUUUGGCACUGAAAGGGCAACGGAAACGACCAACCUGAGAAACGAGUUACGCGACGUAGAAGCUGAGAGGACCCGGUUAGACAGGGAAUGUGACAGGCUUAAGAUGCAGUUGAGCUUUGCAACCGAGCAGAUUGCAAGACAUCGCCGCCAUUGCAAUCUGGAUGAGGAGUGA